AUGGCAUUGGCAUUUCGUUUGGAGUUUGUCUUCUUGGUUUCUCUCUUCUGUUUGGGCUCUGCUUUUGUGGAUUCAGAAGAUGGAGCAACACUGUUGGAGAUAAAGAAGUCGUUUAGGGACGUGGACAAUGUUCUAUAUGACUGGACGGAUACACCAUCUUCAGAUUACUGUGUUUGGAGAGGGGUCACUUGCGACAAUGUCACCUUCAAUGUUGUUGCGCUGAACCUAUCAGGCUUAAAUCUUGAUGGGGAAAUUUCACCGGCAAUUGGAAAUCUCAAGGACCUCCUCACUAUUGACCUCAGAGGAAACCGUCUGUCUGGCCAAAUCCCAGAUGAGAUUGGUGACUGUUCAUCUUUGAAAAGCCUCGACUUGUCUUUUAAUGAGUUACAUGGAGACAUACCUUUUUCAAUCUCGAAGCUGAAACAACUGGAAUUUCUAAUUUUGAAAAACAAUCAGUUAAUUGGACCAAUACCUUCAACUUUGUCACAGAUUCCAAGCUUGAAAGUUUUGGACCUGGCACAAAAUAAACUCACUGGGGAAAUACCUAGGCUUAUCUAUUGGAAUGAAGUGUUACAGUAUCUUGGCUUGCGAGGAAACAAUCUGGUUGGUACACUUUCUUCAGACAUGUGCCAGCUAACUGGUUUGUGGUACUUUGAUGUGAGGAACAACAGUUUGACUGGAAGCAUCCCUCAGAAUAUAGGCAACUGCACUGCCUUUCAGGUCUUGGACUUGUCCUACAACCAGCUAACAGGGGAAAUUCCAUUCAAUGUUGGGUUCUUGCAAGUAGCCACAUUAUCUUUGCAAGGUAAUCAUCUUUCAGGGAAGAUUCCAUCUGUUAUUGGUCUGAUGCAGGCACUUGCUGUCUUGGAUUUAAGUUGCAACAAUUUAAAUGGACCCAUCCCUCCUAUUUUGGGGAAUCUGACGUACACAGAAAAAUUAUAUUUGCAUGGUAACCAACUGACUGGAUCAAUUCCCCCCGAGCUGGGAAAUAUGACAAAGCUGCACUACUUGGAACUGAAUGAUAAUCAUCUUACAGGACAUAUACCACCAGAGCUUGGGAAGCUAACAGAAUUGUUUGACCUGAAUGUUGCCAACAACAACCUUGAAGGAUCAAUUCCUGAUAAUCUUAGCUCAUGUACGAAUCUCAACAGCCUAAAUGUGCACGGAAACAAGUUGAAUGGAACCAUUCCACCUGCUUUUGAAGGGCUAGAGAGUAUGACCUAUCUGAAUCUCUCUUCUAACAAUAUCAAGGGUUUUAUACCAAUUGAGCUCUCCCGAAUUGGUAAUUUAGAUACUCUGGACAUUUCUAACAACAAUAUUAGUGGCUCUAUUCCUUCAUCCCUUGGUGAUUUGGAACACCUUCUGAAGCUGAAUUUAAGCAGAAAUCAUUUGACAGGAGUCAUUCCAGCAGAAUUUGGUAAUCUAAGAAGUGUUAUGGAGAUAGACCUUUCUAAUAAUCAUCUCUCAGGCAUUAUUCCUCAGGAACUCACACAGCUUCAGAACAUGUUCUCAUUGAGACUAGAAAAGAAUAACUUAUCAGGAGAUGUGAUGUCACUAAUCAACUGCAUCAGUCUUACCAUCUUAAACGUCUCCUAUAACAACCUUGCUGGUGAUAUUCCCACAGGCAAUAACUUUUCUAGAUUCUCACCAGACAGUUUUAUUGGAAAUCCUGGGCUUUGUGGCUAUUGGCUUUCUUCUCCAUGCCAUGGGUCUCAUCCCACAGAGAGAGUUGCAAUCUCUAAAGCGGCAAUCCUGGGCAUUGCACUUGGUGCCCUUGUGAUUCUACUAAUGAUCUUGAUUGCAGUAUGUCGCCCACACAAUCCUACAGCUUUUCCAGAUGGAUCACUGGAUAAGCCAGUUACCUACUCAACACCAAAAUUAGUGAUCCUUCACAUGAAUAUGGCACUUCAUGUAUACGAGGACAUAAUGAGGAUGACUGAGAAUUUGAGUGAGAAGUAUAUAAUUGGCAAUGGUGCAUCAAGCACAGUCUACAAAUGUGUUCUUAAGAAUUGCAAGCCAGUUGCCAUCAAGAGACUCUACUCUCACUAUCCACAGUCCUUAAAGGAAUUUGAGACAGAACUUGAGACAGUAGGCAGCAUUAAGCACCGAAAUUUGGUCAGCCUUCAGGGAUAUUCUCUCUCCCCUUCUGGGAACCUUCUCUUCUAUGACUAUAUGGAAAAUGGCAGUCUUUGGGAUCUCCUCCAUGUUUCUAUCAAGAAGAAAAAGCUUGAUUGGAAUACUCGUUUGAAGAUAGCACUUGGAGCAGCGCAAGGGUUAGCAUAUUUGCAUCAUGACUGCAGUCCCCGAAUCAUCCACAGGGAUGUAAAGUCAUGUAACAUUUUAUUGGACAAGGAUUUUGAGGCUCAUCUUACUGAUUUUGGCAUUGCGAAAAGCUUAUGCAUAUCAAAGUCUCACACUUCCACAUACAUAAUGGGCACCAUUGGCUAUAUAGACCCCGAAUAUGCUCGAACUUCUCGCCUUACUGAGAAAUCUGAUGUUUACAGCUAUGGGAUUGUUCUACUUGAAUUACUAACAGGAAAGAAAGCUGUAGACAACGAAUGCAAUCUACAUCAUUUGAUUUUGUCCAAGACUGCCAAUAAUGCUGUUAUGGAAACUGUUGAUCCAGACAUCACUGCUACUUGCAAAGAUCUUGGAGCAGUUAAGAAAGUUUUUCAGCUUGCCCUUCUAUGCACCAAGAGACACCCAUCAGAUCGACCAACAAUGCAUGAAGUGACACGGGUUCUAGGAAGCCUAAUGCCAUUGGACACCCCACCAAAACAGCCAACUUCACUCCAACCAACGCCUCCUCCAUCUACUAAGGUGACUAGCUACAAGGACGAGUAUGCAAAUCUCAAGACUCCACAGUUGGUCAAUUGCCCAUCUAUGAGUACCACUGAUGCCCAACUCUUCCAAAAGUUUGGAGAGGUUAUAUCUCAAAAUAGCGAGUAAAGGAAGUUGAAGCCAUCGAUGUAAUAUCAGUAUUCCAAGAAUGAGCAUUAGAUGAUUGAAGAUCAAAUUGAUGGGGAAAUAUGUAUAAAGACUUUGUUAUCAAUUAUUGUAGCUUAGAGAAAAAGGAAAUGGGUGGGACUUACUUUAGUAGCAAUGGCUUUAAAAUUCCUGCUUGUACAUUGUACUAUAUGAAAUUAUGGUAGUAAUUUUGGCAUUGUACCUGUCUCUCUGGCAGCAAAACUUCUGGCUUGGUGGGGUUACAGUUUCAGGGUCAGGGAGACUAGGGUCCUUGCAGCUCUGCAUAAACUCGUUAUAUGCGUGACCAGCAAUAAUGCACUGAGAAGCCUUAGCUGGGCUCUGCUUCCUUCCCUGGAAUUUAUCAGUACAUCGAUUUGAAACUUUGAAUGCUGAAAGAUAACCAUUGAUUUGCUCUGAUAUCACCAUCUUAAAAAUCUUGUUGUUGGGGGUUGUGACUCAUCCCACAAGUGGUGCUGAAUGAUCAAAAUAAGUCUCCCUAGGUUUUCCCGCAUUCUACUGAUUCUGGUGAUAGACAGACGCAGCA